GUUACUCUCUUAAGCGCAGCGACCUUUACCAUCCUUUCCAAUUUCGAAUACUGCGUCUUGCAAAGUCGCAUCGAGCAUUCGCGAUGGAGCAAGUUCAGGAUCUUGUCCUUAACCCAUUGAAACCCUAUCUAAUUCCCAUCACUCACAACCUACCCGGUCCGAUCAAUGACCUUGCCAUCAACCUCCUCGGCGAACGCUGCCACAGCGCCCUCCUUCUUGACCUCGACUUUGCCUCCCAUCCCGAAUGUGUCUCCCUAGCCAUCUCCAAAGCCCUGGGCAUAGUCAUCAUCACGGCCGCAUCCGUUGUGAAAGUGCCCCAAAUCAUCAAACUUGUCAAGUCGCAGUCCUCGGAGGGACUGUCGUUCACAAGUUACUUGUUGGAAACAGCCAGUUUCGUCAUUUCCCUGGCUUAUAACAUGCGUAAUGGCUUUCCAUUCAGCACAUACGGCGAGACCGCUCUCAUCGCCAUUCAAGAUGUGGUGAUUAGUGUGUUGAUUCUGGUGUAUUCAAAGAAGAGCGCCCAGGCGGGCGCCUUUCUUGCGGCCUUCGGCAGUGCCGUAUAUGCGCUGAUGGUCUCAGACACCAUUGUCUCGGAUGCACAAAUGACCAGCUUGCAAGCGGGCGCCGGCGCCUUGAGCAUCGCCAGCAAGCUCCCACAAAUCCUCACGAUCUACAGCCAGGGCGGAACAGGCCAGUUGUCCGCCUUCGCCGUGUUCAACUACUUGUUCGGCAGCCUCAGUCGGAUUUACACCACGAUUCAAGAAGUGGAUGAUAAGUUGAUCUUGUACGGAUUCAUUGCCGGGUUUGCGUUGAAUGUGGUUCUGGCAGCUCAGGUGAUUUACUAUUGGAACAGUCCAACCACCGCAGGGCAUGCAAAGGAGUUGGGUAAGAAGGGCAAAAGUGGAUUGCAAGGCGUUGGACAAAAAGGGAGUGCUGCAAAGGCCACCGAGGAGGCGAACAGGUUGAGUCCGGGCAAGGCCAACGCGACAGCAAGACCGAGCAGUAGCAGUGGGAGAAGAAGAGGAUGAGUAACUUCACAUGCUGGUGCUGAGGUGCCAUCUGGCGCACAUCUUAGCCCGCACAGCGAUUUAUCUGCAAGAAUUUUCCAGGGGACUUUCCAAUACGAUCACAGAUCCCUAAUUUCAUCUCUGGUCCUGGAAAUUCCACCCAGAAGCAUAGAUUUUUCAAUUCGACGAACCUCAUUCCUCCUGCAGUAACUCACAAAUUUGACAACUCUCAAUUUGCCAGAA